AAAAAUAUAUUGUUAUGGCGAAUUAUUGAAAGCAGUCAAUAUUCAUAAAUUAUUUCCGGAUUCGAAGACCUUUGUUGAUAUGCCAAUGACGAAAGAUCCACAUGAAGUGUGGAGUGAGUUCGAAAAAAUAUAUGAUUUUAAAAGAGAACAUGUCGAAAAAUCCGAUUUGGAAAAUUUCAUUAAAAAAUAUUUCACUGAAGCAGGAACAGAAUUAACUGAUUGUGAUUUGGACGACUGGAAAGAAAUGCCAAAGAAACUUAUGCGAAUUCAAGAUAAUCACCUAAGAAAAUGGGCUUUAGAAUUGAACCGAAUGUGGCUCCGUUUAUGCCGAAAAGUCAAACCUGGUGUGAACUCUAAUCGAAAUUCACUAAUAGAUGUUCCAUAUCAUUUCAUUGUUCCUGGAGGGCGAUUUCGAGAAUAUUAUUAUUGGGACGCUUAUUGGAUUAUCAAAGGUCUGAUUGCGUGUGAAAUGUACAAUACAACGAAAGCGAUGUUAAUGAAUUUUGAGAACCUUGUUGAUCGGUUAUACGGUUUUAUACCAAAUGGUGGGCGAAUUUACUACUUACGAAGAUCACAGCCUCCAUUUUUCGCUGGUAUGGUUUAUGAAUACAUCGAAGCAACAAAAGAUUACGAUUUUCUGAAAUCAAUUCUGCCAGCAGUGAUCAAAGAACUAGGAUUUUGGCAGAAUUAUAGGACCAUCCUAAUAAAGAAAGGCAAAUUCACCCAUCGGUUAUUUCAAUAUAAUACGCCAACUAAUGUAGAGAGGCCAGAAUCGUUUGCAGCGGAUCACAUGAUUGGCAAGCAAGUUCAUGCUGCUGAUAGACCAAAGUUGUUCCAGAACAUUGCAUCAGCAGCUGAAUCAGGAUGGGAUUUUAGUAGUCGAUGGUUCCAAGACAAAAUGUCUAUGAGAACAAUAGAAACGACAGAUAUUGUUCCAGUAGAUUUAAAUGCAAUAAUGUGCUGGAAUAUGAAAAUUAUAUCCUACUUAUCCUAUUUAGCCGGAGAUCGCGAUCGAUCAGUAUGUUAUGAAAAGCAGAGUAAUAGUUUUCGACGUUCAAUGCGAUCAGUUUUCUACGACAAAAAAAAAGGUGUUUGGCUUGAUUAUAAUUUAAGAACUGAGAGGUUAAAUUCGGAAUUCUAUGGAUAUAUUGCUGUUCCACUAUUUACUAAAUGUUAUCAACAGCUAAAUCUUCGGAAAUCUUUUCAAAUUGUCGAAUUCAUGAAUGCUUUCAAUCUUGCUCAUAAAUGGAUUAUGGGCAAUUACAUGGUUUAUCAAAAAACUGGUCAUAUGUGGGAAAAGGUUGAAAUUUGA